UAAGAGAGUAAAGGAGUCGCGGAUUGGUGGAGUCGUCGCUGAUUGUUGAUGUCGUCUGUGACUAUGAGAGCCGGGCAAUCACAUACCACUCAUUCCUCUCCACUGACGUCACCGGCGGAUCACCCAUGCCGCGCAGCGAUACCGGCAACCGGCAUCACCACCCCUACUUUUAAACACCCCCACACACACACCACACACCCUUCGUUGUAUUCCUAACACAACGGCACAAAACAGCUAAAUUCUCGUUCCGACAUCUCGCGCUUGCUUUGUGUCUGCCCGUACGCGAGGAAAAGGCAGAAAAUCUCCCCUCCCCACUCCUCCGCGGGGCACUACUUGCACGCGAUGGAAGGCGACGGCGCGGCGCGGUGCGGUCUGAUGAUGAUUCUGUGACGAGAGGGGCGCACGGGGUGGGUUCGAGGCGGCGCUGUGUCGCGGUUCCUCUGAUUACCCUUUAUACAGGGGCAGAGCGGCACUGUUGUUGUUGGAGUUGUUGUUAAAGCAGGACACGGCUGGACAACGGCGAUAGCGAAACGGCGAAGGGCAGAUCGAGGCGAAUGGACGGGGCGAGCCCGGCGCGGGCUCAGAUCUCACAAGACCCAUCUCUACAGACUGCUGUCCAUUAGCGGAUGCGAAGCAAACGGCGGUGGCGGUGACGACAACGCGUGAAUAGACGUGAACUCUUGGUAACAGCAGUGGCCCAGUGGGGGUGCGUGGGGCUGCCCGGCCCACUGCGAUGCCUUUUGGUCUGAGGCUCAAGCGGACGCGGCGCUACAAUGUCUCAAACAAGAACUGCUUCGUUAUUCGUAUCAAGCUGCUGGACACCAGUGUGAUUGAGUGCACGCUGUCGGUGGAGAGCACGGGUCAAGAGUGCCUGGAAGCUGCUGCUCAGAGGCUAGAGCUACGAGAGCUGGCACACUUUGGCUUGUGGUAUUCCAACAAACAGCAGCAGUUGCGAUGGGUCGACUUGGAGAAGCCUCUUCGGAAGCAGCUGGACAAGUUUGCCCAGGAGGCUUUGCUGCACUUUGGAGUUCUGUUCUAUGUACCCAGCGAGAUCCAACUGCAGCAAGAGGUCACCAGAUACCAAUAUUACCUCCAGCUGAAGAAGGACAUUAUUGAAGGAAAGCUGCCAUGCAGCGUGGAACAGAGUGUACGGCUGGCCAGUCUCGCCGUGCAGGCUGAUUUUGGCGACUAUGACCAGUACCAAUCACAAGAAUUUCUUAGAGACUACAUCUUAUUCCCAAUGGUGUGGGCACAGGAUGACAGCCUACAGGAAGAGAUGACGGUUAAAGUGGCUAUACAGCAUCAAAACCUCAGGGGCCUGAUAGCAGAACAAGCUGAACUUGUCUACAUCCGAGAGGUGGAGAAGCUUGACGGAUUUGGCCAUGAGAGUUUCCCAGCCAAGGAGAGUACGGGAACUGACCUUACCAUAGGCACAGCCUUCCAAGGAAUAUUUGUGAAGUACAAAAGUGAAAAAGCUCCAGCCCUAUACAAAUGGAGCGAUAUCACAAACGUUACUCACAAUAAGGCCUUUGUUGGACUGGAGCUUAUGAAUAAGGAGGAAACGGUGCAGUUUCAAACAGAUGAUAUUGAAAUGGCAAAGUACGUUUGGCGAAUGUUUUCACUCAAGCACAAAUUUUACAGGCUGAACAAGAGUUUGAUGGAUACUGGGUCAUGUAACAAUCAUCUGCUAAAGGAUGGGAGGCGGAAAUUGGCUGUGUUCUCUACCUACAUGCAAACACAGAAUACUUCUCCUACGCUUAUCAGGAGAAGGUCGACGCUCACGCGUUCAUCCAUGCAGAGGCAGCAGCCGUACAUCAUGCCUCCCAUGCAGAUGCAGUACAAUGAACCUUACACAGAAACUCACAUGUCUUCACAAGACAGCAUCUACCCGGGGCAGCAAGAUAACUUCUUCUACCGCUCCGAGACCAGCCUGGAUCGAUACCCCCUGGAAUAUGCAGGGCAGCAGGUGUCCAAUGGCAAGGUUCCCAAUGGCAGUGUCUAUAGUGCUCCCAGCCUCAACUCCCUCAACAAUCACUCACAGGGUUUUCUGCAACAACAACAGCAACAGAUGCAGCAGCAGCAGCAACCAUCACCAAUCUCGUCCAACCUGAGCAUCCCGGGCAGCGAGGUUCUGCUCAUGCGGCCCGAUUACGUGCCUAGCCACCGGCACAGCGCCAUCAUCGUGCCAUCGUACCGACCCACGCCGGACUACGAGACGGUCAUGCGGCAGUUCCAGCGCUCCGCAGCCUACCGCAUGGAGCGGCACAGCCAGUCCCUGCGUAGCCUCAACCUGGGCAGCGCGCAUGCGUACGCGCAGCCCGAGGGCCUGGUGUACAGCCAGCCUGAGAUUCGUGCUGACCACCAUGGGCAGUACCCUCAGCAGCAGCAGCAGCAACAGCAGCAGCAGCACCACCACUACCCUCUGCAGAUGAAUUACAGUCACCCGAUGCAGCCGACAUACUUAGGCACUGGCGGUCACCCGUGUUCCUACAACACACCGGCAGCCAGCGCCAUAUCACACACGGUCAGCACGCCCGAGCUGACGCAGGAGGCCCACCCUGCCACCGCGCCGCCGCCGCCGCCGCCAGCGGCACUACCUCCCUCUGGGCCCCCUACCCAGCAUCUGGUGCCAACCUUGCAGCAACAGCAGCAGCAGCAGAGCUAUGGGAACCCUGCAGGCCGUAUGCUGCGCGGUCUUCUCUCCUCUCAGUCACAGCGGCACCCACAGCAGCCUCCGCCUAUGGCGGCAUCGGGGCCACCGCCUCCGUACCCACGGCCGCGCCCGGCUGCCAGCACACCCGACCUGGUUGCCCACCAGCGGGUGUGCAGCAGCAACCCGGACCUGGUGAGCCGGCGCGUGCUGCACUCGGUGCAGACCUUCCAGGAGGACAGCCUUCCUGUCGUGCACCGCAGCCUGCUGGAGGUGAGCGAGCCGCUCACUCGAUUUCGCGGCCUGCGAAAACGCAACAGCCUUGGCGCCACUCCCCCCGUGGCCCUGACGCCCGGGGCCAAUGGCCUAGCCCGUGAGGUGGAGGCCCUGGCCAUCUCGCGCCGGGCAUCGGGCCGGCCGAGGCCGAUUGUGGGCACCGACGCCACCGUGAUAAAAGUCUUACCGCCUUCGGCGUCUGUGGAUCAGCCCCGAGGGAUGGAGGAGGGGCUGAGGCCCCCAGCGGUCGUUACUUCUCCCCUGCAGCAGCAGCAGCAAGAGCUGGAACUUCAGAGGCCACAGUCAUACAGCCACAAGAAGUCCCCUUCUGAUGCCACGGUGCUCAUCCACAGCAGUGAGAGUGAAGGAGAGGGCGAGGUGGAGAUCGAGGAGAGGCAAGACUACGUGCUGCCCAUGCCGCCACGCUCGCCGGCUGUCCUGACCCCGCAGGAAUACAAAUCCCACCUUCAGGCUGUGCUCGCCAAUAUCCCCAAACGGCCCCCACCAGAGUACCCUGGCGGACAGGUGGCCGCACCGCAGCGGCCCUCGCAUGGCUAUGGGCAGGAUGCAUCGAGCUUCCUCAUCAACACCACCACCUCCUCGCACAAUUCUGGGCUGGUGGCGCAGCAGAUGGGCGGCAUGAGCCCGCUGGUGGACUGUAAGGGCGCCGCGGUGGGCAUGGGUGGCGCUUCCCUUGGCCCGUCCGUCUCCGAACCGGACCUGAGCAGCGCCGGCAAGGAGCGCGUGCGCACCGAGACCCCGCGGGAGCGCCCCGUCUCUGAGUUCUUCUCCCUAACCGACAACAUCGUGGAGAGGGAGUUCUUGCUGCAUAAGCGAGGAAAUACAGCGGAGAUCAAAAAGAUGGGCCCUCUCAAGAUGGCUGUGAUGAACGGCCUCUCCAUGUCCCGCAUCCCCCUGCCCGAGGAGGUCAAGGAGGAGCCCCCCAAGGUGCCCAUGGAUGAAAGGUGCAAGAUGCUGCAAGAGCGUCUGGAGCAGGGCAUGGUCUUCACCGAGUACGAACGCGUGCUCAAGAAGCGCGCGCAAGCCGACUGCAGCACCGCCACGCUGUCCGAAAACCACGAUCGCAACCGCUUCAAGGACGUUGUUCCAUACGAGGAGAACCGCAUCGAGCUCUUGCCAAGCAAGGACAACCCCACUGGUUAUGUCAACGCGUCGCGCAUACAGGUUACUGUGAGUGGGGAGGAGUGGCAUUACAUUGCAACACAAGGACCACUGCCAUCCACUUGCCAGGACUUCUGGCAGAUGGUGUGGGAGGAAGGCGUCAAUGUCAUUGCCAUGGUCACUCAAGAGGAGGAGGGAGGCAAGUCAAAGAGCCACCGCUACUGGCCCAAGCUGGGCUCGCGACACAGUGCGGUGACGUACGGCAAGUUUAAAGUGACCACCAAGUUCCGCACGGACUUUGGCUGCUACGCCACGACAGGCCUCAAGCUAAAGCACCUGUUGGAUGGGCACGAGAGGACCGUGUGGCACCUGCAGUACACAGACUGGCCUGACCAUGGUUGCCCAGACCAUGUGCAGGGAUUCUUAGGCUACCUGGAGGAGAUCAAGUCAGUGCGCCGGCACACGAACAACAUGCUGGAGGCCAGCAAGCCGGCCAACCCACCAGUGGUGGUGCACUGCAGCGCUGGGGUCGGCCGCACAGGCGUCGUCAUCCUCACGGAGAUGAUGAUCGCUUGCCUCGAGCACAAUGAGAAGCUGGACGUGCCUGAUGUGCUGGCCAUCCUGCGCACACAGAGAAUGCUUAUGGUGCAGACCAUCACCCAGUACACGUUUGUCUACCAGGCUCUCAUCCAAUUUCUGAGGAGCUCACGUCUCAUCUGAGUCAUCGCCACGAUUCUCAGGCACGACCAAUGGGGGAGGGGGGGGGGGCGGUGUCUCGGAGGGGUGGUCCAAGCCGUGUGCGGCAUGGGAAUUCCGUUUGUGCAUUGAACAGUUUUCGUGAAAGGCCACGGCCACCCAGAGGCACCGCGUUGGGCGUUCACGCAGUGGCAGGCAUCACGUCGGCGGCCGUGAGACCGUUUGACGCCGAGCUCACGGAUCGCCCAGAAAUCUUCGGAUGAGGCCCAUUUUCGGCCCCCUGUGCAAUUUCCGAAAGACAACACUUCACGAAGGCCUCGAAAGAAAAGGUGUUCACGGUUUCGGCUAAAAAACAUCUGAAUGUUUUUACACCACUCUGGUUCGUGUGUGCGCCUUGAUUACAGCAUGAUCAAGAACCUGACGGCUUAGUACUGAAGAGUACUACACUGACUUAAAACAAAACUCCACCAUUUCAAUGCGUAUUUAGCCCUGCUGCGUGUUGGAGAUUGUGCCAGAAGCCCCAAAAACAUUCACAUGUAAAUGAUCCCACAUGCUCGUCAAUGGUGCUGCCGCAAUUUUUAAAGUACUCAUAAAAUGCAAACGCUCUCAUCAUGGAUACAAUAUUUCCAGCAAUAUGAAAGUAUGGCGGUAAGAGGGGAAUAUUGAGAACCUGAGUGAUGCCAACAGUGUGUCGCCCGUUGUAUAAAAGAAACAAAACACUGUGAACCAUUGUUCAACUCGGCUCAUGCAGCUGGCCUGGAUUGACUGCUUCAAGUAAAUGUGCUUAAGAAUGCCCAGUAUUUAUACAGUCGUUUUGUGCGAAUGUGUACCACAUUCAGACUCUUUGGUGUACAUAAAAUGUAAACCCUCUGCUCCUUUUUAACAUCUGUUGAUAUGUACAGUCCUUUGUUUACCUGUCCAAGCGUAUAUGUAUUUUUGUUACUGUAGUUUUUCAGAGUUUCCUCUUAGCUGCGGUUUUUUAAUCCCUUGUACAAUAUCCCUGUUUUUUUUCUAACAAAGGCCAACCCUUGUUCAUAACCGAUCUGCCUUACUGGAUGUGCUCAGCACUCUGCCUUAAAAGAAGGAACACAUGCUAAUGGCUAAGCAACAGUUUAUUUCUUACAAUGGAUUUACUGUAUUUAACAUGCGACAAAAGAAUGUGUCGGGAAUUGAAUAAUGUUGGUUUAAUAUACUUUGUGCACUCAUAACACAUUCUGUCAAACUUGUAAUGAUGCACUCUUACUGCAGCAUUCAUAUUUAUAGCAAAAUUACGUUACAGAUAACUCAUGGGCGUGCAGAUGAAAUCUAUAAAUUGGUGGGUAAGUUGCAACGAUUCGAUUUCAUGAAGCCAAGCACAUGAUCUACAUCAAAUGAAAUUCACAUUUUAACAAACUCGAAUUAAUUCUCGAUGUCUUUAAGAGUAUUUUGGCUGGUCACAGCUCGGGUGAAUGUACAAUAUUUCGUAAUUUAAUUCACCGAUAAUGAUAUAUAUUUAGUGUCAAAACAUUUCUAGCCACUGUCCAGCAGUACUUAAAAAAGCAAAUAAAAUGUUGACCAACAUAUAUAUUGCUUUAUGUUAUUCCUCACACCAGUUCAUCAUGAUAUAGUCUAGGUUUCAUUCAUUGUCUGAAAUGUGUAGGAUAUUCAUCAGAAACUGUCAGCUUUAGGAAGUCAAGAUUUGUUGUGAAAUGUGUGUGCAGUGACCAUGAGAAAAGCUGAAUUUGUGGGCUGGAUGGAAUGCAUUGUCCAGAUAGUUCCUUGUCAGAUUUCCUUCACCAGAAUGUUAUGUACGGGCCAUGGCCUACUUUCCCACAGUGCGUAUUGGCAAAUAAAACACUGUUGCUCAAUGUCAAUAAAUGUUAUGACCGAAUGAUUAAAACAUCAGAUUGCCUGUCCAAUGGACAGUGGCGCCUGAGUAUCUGGAACCUGGGAAAUGGUUGUCCUUUAAAAAAUAUUUCUUAUCGUCGUACCUCACCUCUGUUGCCCCUCCCCAACCCCUCACUCCUCUUCCCAUAGCGUAAGAUUUUAGGCAAAUGCAAAAAAGCAGCGGAAAUAAUAUUGUACAUAGCAUCUUUGUUUUAUGUUUUAACAGAUUUUGUGCACUUUUACGAGAAUUAUCAUUUUAUGUACUUGCCUUUUAUGUUUAUUCCAGCAGGUUAUACAUAAAUGUAGUUUAUAUAAUAUUUUUUAAAAUUCUGGUUGUCAGUCUGGACAACCGUAACAUUUUGCAGGAUAACCGGUUUAUUUCUCAUGCAGUUGUGGGCAUCUAUCCCAUAUACAUUUGUGUCACGCCAUGCUGUAUAACAAGUAAACAAACACAAUGUACGUGUUUAGGUUAAUGUAAAAGACCUGUGUGCUUUGAGUAAAACCUCCAAAAUGUUCCUGCCAUAAAGCAGUGGAUGAAUAUGCUUGGCAUGGAAAACCGAUUUCAUAAAGGUGACACUAAGUAGCCCCGAUCAGUCAUAAUUACUCAUAACAGUGAACAUUAAUGAUUGUGUAUGAUUUUAGUUUGAACUAAUAUAUGUAAAAAGCAAAUCUAAACUGGUUGAACAAGGUAAACAUUGAAAAACUGUCUUACACAGACAACAUCAAAAGGUUGUGCAAGAACGUGGUUGUGUGUUUCCAAUGUGUUGAUGUGUUGCCCGUUUAAGUUUUUCAAAUUAAGGACAUUUCAGAGGGCAUGCCACGGGCCUUACACGAAGUGGCGGGAAGUGCAAUAGCAGGUUUAAGGUGGCUUCUUCAAACGUGAAUGUCAAAUUAGAUGGUCUACAAAAUGUACAUCUGAUUUUGGAUGGUGUUCUAACAUCCAAAUGUUGUGGAAAUGGAUAAGUGGUCAGCGCAUAAUGAAAAUUAAUUUGGAGCAUAUAUAUUCAGAGAGCACAACAAUACCGCUCAUAGCUAAUUGUUGUGCCAUAAGGUAGUUUACAAAUGCUGCCACUCAUUGUUGUACCAUGUAAACCCAGUGAAGUGGUCCUUGGCUCGAUUUUUAAAGCUUUCACGUCCAGUGAAGCCAAUCAAUGUAAUUCAAGUGUAUCGAAUAAUCCAGCAUAUUGUGAAUAACGUGGGCAGGUUUGGUGUUGAAUUUAAAACAAUUAAAUAUGAAGUGUUCAUUUUCUGGGUCUAAACAGAGUCUGGGAAUGACUCCUGCUACCUUUGAACUUGACCGUGUGUCUUCAAAUGGUAUAUUGUUGCUUUAUGCACAUUCCUUCAUCAUGUUUGGACGUACUCAGACGCGUUUGUGUCACUCAUGUUUGCUUUGGUCAUAGCCUGCCUUCCCCGCUACACAAAAUGGAAUGAUCAAAAACAGGUACACACAAUACUGGUACAGACAAUAGGCCAUAUGGUACAUUUGAAAUGUGUAAAUUACAAGACAUGAUUGACGAGAUGAACUCGCUUUUAACAGCAACUAUGCGUCUCCUGUUAACUGGGUAGUAUCGAUGAGCACUGUCCAAAUGCUCAAUGUAUCGGUGUCCUGUACUCGGAGAGAAAAACGAUUGCCAACAUCUUAAUUUCAGUUUGCGCAGGGGUUGCAAGGGAUAACUUUAUUGGAAGAGGGUUGACGUGAAAAAUUAUAAAACACCCUAUCUCAAGGGACGCAUUAUGACAUAUGUACAUAUUUAUAAUCAGUACUGUAAAGGGUGUGUUGCAAAUCAUCCUCAUCGAAGGCCAGCAUCUUUAUUCAUUAUAGCCCACACGUGUUUCUGUUGAAUAAAAUGUAUUUUUUGUGCAUGGACAUUUAUUUUUAGGCCAUGCUGUGAUAUAGCAUCUACCAUUCAAGCUACGGCACUUACACAUGAUCAUGUUGUGUUAUGAGUAUUGCUUUCGUUGUAAUAUAACUUAUUUACUGCAUUUGUUAUUGGUUGUUAUCUCCCUAUGCGUACAAUGAUAUGUUUUUAAAUUUGGAGCUUAACCAUCUUGCAAAAAAAACACUAUUCAUCAA